CACAGCGCAACUCCCAGCGACGAAAUGCAUUGCACAAACAAGCAUCCGUACCGUGUGAGGUGAGGAUUAUUCCCAGCAACACCCGAACCAAGAAACAAUCGCAUCGAACGGCAAGCAAACGCCAUGGAAGCACCCGGCGAGAAACGCCACUGCAGCGCACCGCCGGCAACCGACGCCCAAAAGCGCAAGGCCCUAGCGGAACCCGAGGCGGGAAAAGACCAAUCCGAUCGUUCACCCGGGCAGCCGCGGCAAAAGAAGAAACGCGUCGUCUGCGAUCGGUGCCACCGGCCCAGGCCGCAGACCUGCCUGUGCGAUUCCCUCCCGGCCGCACCGAUCCUGCUGGAGCGAACCGAGAUCGUCGUCCUCCAGCACCCCCUGGAGGUAAAGAACCACAAGGCGGCCUCCCACCGGAGCGUCCCCCUCCUGGAGCUCUGCCUCGCUCCGGAAAGCCUCUCGCUCCGCAAGGGACGGCGGUUCGGGAGGGAGUCGCUCGGAGAAGACAUCUUCUCCAAGAUCCACGACCGGUCCGGCGAGUACCUGCCGGUGCUGGUCUUUCCAAAGAUCAAGAUCGCCGAGGGGGCCCGGGAGGGAUCCAGCGGCCCCGGCGAGCAAUCCUACCGAGAGGACUCGGCGACGGUGCUCAGCCUGGGGGGCCUCCUGAAACACCUCCGCGGCGGCGACGCCGGCACCGGGGCGGGGCAACCCAAAACCGCGGCCGUUCCACCACCGCACGAACGAGCGCAAGCAACAACGAACGCGAACGCGAAUGCGAAACCGAAAGCGAGCGCAAGGACCGUCCUGUUGCUCGUCCUGGAUGCGACGUGGAAGCACGCCCGGGAAAUGCACCUUGCCAACAUCCGGGCGGGGCAGUAUCCACCGCACAUGCUUCGGUUGGCGCUGGAACAGGACGAUCUGCGACCGGCCCACAGCAGCGAUAGCGGUGGAGCACGGGCUCCGGUGUUUCGUCCCGGCCGCUUCCGCCUGCGGGGAAAGGCCUCCAAGAAGGGAUACGGCGGGAGCCACAAGAACAAAGACAAACACAACGACGACGGGGAUCCCCCCAUCGACGAGUCGUGGAUGUCCACGGCCGAGUGCAUCGCGUGGAUCGUCUCCGGGCUCGAGGCCUCGGGGUCGGCGGCGGGUCCCGGAACCAGCGCAGGCGGGGGCACCAACCCGCCGCAAUCGCUGUACGAAAUCCUCAUGAAGCCCCUGGACGCCAUGGUGGAAAAGUGGAAAUCCUACGUCGAGCGGGCGGGGCAACCCAGCGGAACCGCUUGUGCAGCCCCGGCCACCGAGCGGCAAGCCGCACCGUUGGCGGGCGGCGAUCCCGGGACGACGGGGACCCGGUGACGGAUCGAUCGCGGCGAAGGGACGGACAGGGAACCGCCGAUCGGUCCACGCUCCCGAUGCCUCGCCCCGCGCUUCCACCAAAGCUGCCGUCGAAAGGCAAAGGAAGAACGAAUUUCGUUCGAGGAACCAAAGACUGUGGUGUCCGGGCCGGCUGUGCGAUCUGCGGUUUUCAUCGAUUCCACUGUUUACAGCAAUGGCAACGACCGCGACAGACGAGACCAUACCAUUCCGCGUAUUCAAAGGCUCGACCCGACCGGAGGAAGGGAAGAGAAUCCGUUUGGCUCAUCGGAAUACCGAUGCCUUUUUGUAUCCCCCCGCCUAGAAGACGGCACGGUGCAGAGACAAACAACCAAACAACAACACAUGUGAAGAGGGGCGGCGAUACAACACGAUAGAACACAAAAAUCUACGACACUAUACGAUGCAAUACAACAUAAUAUGGUUA